GGGCAGCACGCGCGCGCCGCCGCCAUGAAGCGGAGAAAAAAUACAAAGCGAGUUCCAAGUUUUCGCAAGUUACUGAGAACUAGUCAAAUAAAACUUGACAAUAAAUUAAAGAAUAAGCAGUAUAAGCAGAAGAGUGCUGCUAAGAAGUAUCGUAAAGAACAAAAGAAGCUAAGGGAGGCUGUCAGAGAUGCUAUUUCUAGAAAGCCUUUUCCAUUGGAGGAAUGCAAGAAGAAACAAGUUGCUAGAAAAUGGGAAGAAAAAGAGGAAGAAGAUGCUCUUCCACUGGACAUGAUGGAUGAAGAUGACUUAAAAUUAAUGGAGGAUCUGGCCCAAAAAGCAUCCUUUUUAACCAGAGACCUUUCUUCUAAUGAACCUGUUCACGUCAAAAAACGAAAACAUGAAAGUGUGAUUGAGAAAUACGAGAAGAUGCCGAGACGUUUACAAACAGAGCCAGAAAAAGAACUCAUCCAUCUGCUCCCCAUCAAAGACAAGAGUGGCAUAAUUCCUCAAGCUGUGGAAAAGCCAGUUCUUAAUGUUGCACAUGAUGAAGAAGAGGACACAGAAGACAUGGAGGAAGCAGAGGACUUUAAUGAGGAAGCCCUGCCUGUUCUCACUCCUGAGGAAAUGGCUGCUCAAAGGAGACAAAAGCUGCAGGAGAGGAAGGUGCACAUAGCUGCUUUAGCAUCUGCCAUUCUCUCGGAGCCAGACAGCAGUAUUAAGAAGCUGAAGGAGCUGCGUGCCAUGCUGAUGGAGCAGGAUCCUAACGUGGCUGUGAUUGUUAGGAAGCUGGUCAUGGUGUCUUUGAUGGAGAUAUUUAAAGAUAUUGCACCUUCAUACAAAAUUCGGCCUCUGACUGAAGCGGAGAAGGCUACCAAGGUUAAAAAAGAAACACAGAAACUGAGAGAAUUUGAAGAAGGCCUUGUAAGCCAGUACAAAUUUUUCUUGGAAAAUCUGGAACAAACAAUUAAAGAUUGGAAGCAAAGGAAGUUGAAGAAAAGCAAUGUCAUUUCAUUAAAGGCAUAUAAAGGUCUAGCAGAGGUAGCAGUGAAGUGUCUGUGUGAGCUGCUUGUGGCCCUGCCCCACUUCAACUUCCACAAUAACAUCAUUGUUCUCAUUGUUCCACUCAUGAAUGAUCCAUCAAAAAUGAUUUCUGAACUGUGUGUUGAGGCAGUUAAGAAGCUCUUUAAACAGGACAAGUUGGGUUAUGCUUCACUUGGUGUAGUUAAAGUCAUUUCUGGCCUUGUAAGGGGUAGAAAUUAUGAUGUCAGACCUGAGGUGUUGAAAGUAUUUCUUCACUUAAGAAUUAAGGAAGUGGAAUUACAAAAAGAUUCUGAAGAUAUUGCACCAAAGAAAAAAUUCAUGACUUACAAAGAGAAAAGAAAAAAUCUUUCCAGAAUGCAAAGGAAGUGGAAGAAAGCAGAAGAGAAACUGGAACGAGAACUCCUAGAAGCAGAAGCAUCAGAAAGUAAGGAAAAGAAACUCAAGUUGCACACAGAGACCUUGAAUAUUGUAUUUGUAACUUACUUCAGGAUCUUGAAGAAAGCUCAAAAGUCUCCACUUUUGCCAGCUGUGCUAGAAGGUCUUGCAAAGUUUGCUCAUCUCAUAAAUGUGGAAUUUUUUGAUGACCUGUUGAUUGUCCUUCAUUCUCUUAUUGCAUCUGGGGAUUUAAGCUAUCGUGAGAGUCUUCAUUGCGUUCUCAGUGCUUUUCAUAUACUUUCUGGUCAAGGUGAUGUUCUUAACAUUGAUCCAAUGAAAUUUUACACACAUUUGUACAAGACACUGUUCAGCCUACAUGCAGGUGGCACCAACGAGGACACAGGGAUUGUGCUGCAGUGCCUGGAUGUCAUGUUUGCCAAGAGGAGAAAGCAAGUCUCCCAGCAACGAGCUCUUGCUUUCCUAAAGCGGCUUUCCAUCCUUGCUCUUCAUGUGCUUCCAAAUUCCAGUGUUGGGAUCUUGGCAACAAACAGGAUAUUCAUGCAAACAUUCCCAAGGAUGGACCUCUUACUAGACAACGAAUCUCAAGGCAGUGGAGUUUAUCUCCCAGAAUUAGAUGAACCAGAGCAUUGCAAUGCCCAGAACACAGUGCUGUGGGAGCUGCAUCUUCUGCAGAGACAUUAUCAUCCAACAGUGCAGAAAUUUGCAUCUCACCUUAUUGCUGGAGCUCCAACUGAAGGCUCAGGAGCUCUUCCACUUGAUUUGAGCCAAAGGUCUGCUACAGAACUUUUUGAGACAUAUUGUAUGAAAGGAAUGACCUUUAAUCCUCCUGUUGCAUCAGUAACACCCAGAAGAAAGGAUACCUUCUUUCAAAUGGAUUCAUUUAUAGAUGAAGAACUAAACAAACAGCUUCACCAGCACAUCAGUGAGACUGUUGCUCACAAGCCCUUGGAUUUUGCUAAGCACUUGAAGGAAUCAUCCUUGACAUAAAUGUAACUAUCAAUCAUGUUCACUUGGAUUCUUAAUUAUGGAGAAAGAUUGGCUGAAAGAAAUCACCAGUCAUCAUAACAGGAAUACAAGUAGGCUUUUGUGCGAAUGCAGAAACACAUGAAAAUGUAACAGCAGUUUUUCACAUAGCUAUAGGCCUGUCCCCCAACCACCAAGCCCCUGUUCAGGGGGCUGGGGAAUCACAAUGAACUGUCAUGUCAGUAUUUUAAAAAUGUACAGACCCAGGUAAUUUAAGAAUUGCUUGCAAAUGUGCACAUUUAUAUUUUUGUUUAUGUAUUUUUCUAAUUUUCAUAACAGAAUAUAAACAUAUGUGUUUCUGCAAACUCACUGGGUUGUGUUGAUAACUUAAUAAAUAUUUUGAAAACGUUAACAUAAUACUGAGUUUUUGAUGCCCAAGUUACCUAGACAUUUGGAAUAUGUAUUGCAUUUUUCCUGUUUUUCUUCUGAUGUCUUCUAACCAUUUAUCUCAUCUUGAAAUGAUUUUGCAUUUGGUGGUUUUUUUCCCCUCUGAUGAAUCUUGAUAUUGGCAAAUUAAGAAUAUUGAACUUCCACUCUAAAUUAUCAUCAUGAUUAAAUGCUCUACUGCAGUGUCUUUAAUAAUGCAUUUCUGUCAAGAAUACCAGACAAAUACAAGGUAAGAAUGUUUUGGGUUUGUUUUUUUUUUUUUUAGGUAAUUCCCUCCACAUUCUUUGAAUACUAUUUAUUGUCUGAUUGUUUUAGAAUCCCAU